AUGGCUUUUGACUCGAGUCAGGCUUCGAAUGCAUGCAAUCUAUUGGUGGACAAUCCAACUGCCGCGUAUAACUCGUGCCGCGCCCCCUCCGCUGAUUUAGAAGCUUCUUCUUCCGCCGAACCGCCGUUCACCGAAGCUUCCAUAGGAGCCUCCGCGCCGCUGCUUACCAAGCCUAGCUGGCUGGUCAAGGUCCGAGGCGCGCUCACCCCGCGCGAAUGGAUAACCGUCGGAUGCCUCGCCGCCGCAAUCUGCGCGCUGCACGUGAUUGGCUGGGGCACGCUGAUCGUGUUUGUGGUGCCCGGGCAUUACGCCUUGGCAGGCGGGGGCGGCACAUUUGGCGUGGGCCUGGGAGUGACGGCUUACAUGCUGGGGAUGCGGCACGCGUUCGACGCGGAUCAUAUCGCAGCGAUUGACAACACGACGCGCAAGUUCCUAGCGGAGGGGAGGAGGACGCUGACAGUGGGGUUCUGGUUUGCGCUCGGCCACUCCUCCGUGGUCUUCCUCGCCGCGCUCAUCAUUGCCGUGGGCUUUAAGGCCUUCGCCGGACAGGUGCAAUCAGAGGAGUCACAGCUGCAUGUCAUUCUCGGCCUUGUGGGUGCACUCGUCUCGAGCCUCUUCCUGCUGCUUAUAGGCGCCAUCAACCUCCUCGUUUUAAUCCACCUCGUUAAGGUGUUCCGUGCAACACGGAACGGCACGGCUAGAGAAGCAGACUUAGAGGACUUGACACUGCAGGGGGGGUUGUUCGUGCGAUGCAUGGGGCGGGUAGCAGCGCUGAUAAAGCACCCGCCCCAGAUGUACCUGCUGGGGUUCCUCUUUGGGCUCGGCUUUGACACAGCCACCGAGGUCGCUCUGCUCUUCAUGGCUGCUGGUGCUGCUUCCUCCGGCCUGCCCUGGUUCGCGAUCCUCUGCCUUCCGGUCAUAUUCGCUGCUGGCAUGACCCUACUAGACACCAUAGACGGAUCAUUCAUGAACUUCGCCUAUAGCUGGGCCUUCUCCUUCCCGCUAAGAAAGCUUUUCUUCAAUAUUGUCAUCACUGGCUUGUCUGUUAUGGUGGCGCUGCUUAUAGGGGGGAUAGAGCUUCUGCAGUUGGUGAUUGAGAAGGCAGGAUGGGAGGGACAACCAUGGGACUCAAUAGCGGGGAUGGAUCUCAACAUUCUUGGAUUCGUUAUAGUGGGCCUUUUUUUCCUUAUAUGGAUGAUUGCUCUUGCCCUCUGGCAGUUGAUGCAAUAUGAGAAAUCACCUGACUUGUAA